AUGGCCGCUACCAGUAAACUUUCGUUUCGGGCUCGGAAUCUUGAUGCUUCAAAACCGAUGCCCGUCUAUGUCGCGGAUGAGUUACCUGACCUAUCCGAAUGUACCCCAAUUAAUCGGGCAGUGGCCCAGAUGCCAACAGGAAUGGAAAAAGACGAAGAGAUGCUUGGGCACAUUAUAAUGGAGGCCUUAGGACCUCACUCACCUGAUCAUAGUUCAAGUAACACCGUUCAGCUAUUCAUCACUGAGUUGUUGGUUUCUAUAAAGCAACAUAUAAGCUCUGAAUGCGAAACACUAUCAUCGAAUUGUUGGGGUUCUGUUUCUUAG